AUGCAGCUCCCAUCCAUGGUCAAGAUACUCGACCACUUUGAUGCUCCGAAAGAAUCAGCACCAGGAUUUCAGCAUCGGCAUCAUGGGGAGGAACAAGCAGGAGAUGAUAUUGAGUUUCCUGAGAUGCAGACUGUUUCUGAAGGACAGCUGACCUUUGUUGGAGAGUCCUACUACCAGUCACCUACUGGACCACCUGAUGAUGAGGAUAUUGUCACUGACUCCAUUCACUUCAGGAAGCCGCAAGAUGGCCAUCUGAACUUUGAUAUGACAUCCUUGAAGGAAGAGAUUGCUGGCAACUUGACAUGUAUGAGGACAGCACCUAUGAAAGGAUCCCAUGAACAGACCCAUUGUUUUCAGAAGCUAGUUCAAACUUUACACUCGGUGCCUGACGCUCAGAAACUGGCAGAGAUAGUGUCUCCAAUGUACAAGCUGCCACUGUCCAGACGAGUUCGUGACAAGCAGGACAGGCUGAACAUGCUGGAUGCAGUUGCUGAGAUGCACACUGAUGCCUCCCAGUCUCUCCUUACUGAUCUCAUCCUCCUGUCUCCAAAACCAAACAAGGAGCUGGUAGAGAGACUACUCAUUGCCUCUGUUGGCUUCACAAACACCAUUUCAGAGCAUUACCUGGAGACUGUAGAAGACAUCGCCUUUCAUCCUCAAACAUUCCCUGAAUCCUUAAAAGGCCCUGAGAUACAGAGGGUUGCUGUGCUGGUACUCGGUGCCUUGGCUGGUCACCGAUGGAAGGCUGGAUACAAGUUUGAAGCAGAGCUCAUUGUUCGCAAGAUUGAGAAUAAACUUGGUGUGCACGAUCCCUGGGCCUAUGAGAAGACCUUGACGUCUCUGACUGAAGAUGACCAAGAAGAGUUUCACCAUGACACUGUGGCAUUGAUUGAAGCUCUGGGCAAUGCUGGGCUGCAUCGCUCCUUCCCCCACAUCCAGAGCUAUACCAACCACAGCGCUACUCAUCCACUGCUGAAAAGGGCUGGCUUACACUCCAUGAGAGACUACCAUCAUGAUAAGGCAGCAGGGAUUCUGCUGAAGUCAGCCUUAGAUGAAGAUGAGAAUGAGCAUGUCAGAUAUGAGGCAUCCUUGCUUUACAAGAAUCACCCGAUGGGCGGUGACCAAAAUCUCUCCAAGUUUGUCACCCCAGAAGAAUAUGCUGCCGUCAAUUCUUCCCAAGACGUAGCAACCACUGCAGUGAGUGUGCCCUCUAGACAUCGCGUGAGACGAGGAUUCUGGGAAGGAAUUGAAUUCAAGUUGGCCAGUCCCUCCAUCCACUGGAAUAAGCUCAUUGGCAGCCCCAAGACUGGAGCUGAGUUUGGCUUGACUAUUAGGAAUGAACUCGACUUGAAGAUUGCUCCACUGAGUGGUCACCUUCGUUUGGAUCUAUUAGACGAGGCUUAUGCCACAGUCGUCGUUGGGCUUACUGGGUUUUCAUUGGACAUUGCCCGGGCCCGAUUCUGCUUCAAUGGCUUCAUCGAAUAUAACCUCAACAUACUGCAGGAGUUUGGCGUGGAGCGCAUUAGUGACUUUGUCAAAGCAUACGAUCUCAUCGUUGGGCAAGUAAUUGGAAACAUCCGUAGGGCAGUGGACAUUGUUGUUGGUCUCUUCAACGGUGACAUAAGCAUCUCUCAGCUAUUUGACGACUUUGUUCAAGCUCUGGAGAACAUCCCCAGUAGCAUUACUAACGUGAGAUCUGUGGCUACCAAGGCUGUAUCCAGACUGUCUCAGUUUGAUCCUGAUCAGCUACCACGGUCCUUCAGAGGUGUCAUUAAUGUGGUCAACAAGGCUACUCAGUUAUUCAGUGAUAUCAAGACAGAUGUCAUGGAAUUCUACCAGGCCAUCAGUAAUGCCAUCACAGUCACCUUGCCCAAGGCAGCAGAGCAGAUCUGGAAGGCUAUUACUACAAUUGGAGAUUCCAUUGCCAAUCUACUCAAGUCACCACUGAAAGCCAUCGGAGACAUCUUUAAAGGAGUCAUCAACAUCAAGACUGCAAUUACUGAUCUCAUAGAUGCCAAGAAAAGGGUGGAAGAAGCCAACUUUAUCAAGGAAGGUCAGAGACCCUACUGGUUUGAUCUGCCCAAGGUCGUCGGUGAUAUGCUGAAAGAAUUAAAGGAGCAUCUCGGCAACAUCAGACGAGAUCUUAGUGUUUGGGUGGAUGAGAUUGAGGGUUCCUCAGAUCCCGUCAAGAAGCUGACAGGGGGAGCAGUGGAUUCGCGCACAUUGAGGAGGCGAGUCCAAGAUGAGAUUGAGUCCAUCUUCCAAGAUUUGAUGGAACCCAUACAGCCCAUCGUGAAUCUCUUACAACCAUUCUUUGAUCUGUAUGACAUUGUGUUCAGUACUAUUGAUGCUGUCAAAGAAGCCUAUCAAACACUGAAGAAAGGAUUCCAAGAGUCUCAAGCUCUUGUCAUGAAACUGUUUGGGCCUAAGGCCCACGAGAGAUUUCCUAGGAAAUACCGAGAGCCUGGCUCUGGGGAGUGUGCAUCAGGAGGUUUCUACCCGACUGACUCGGCUGGACAUUAUGAGGAUCAAGGUGUAGAUCUGGAGAUUUCAGCAGGAACAAUGUUGGUGGCACCAUUUUCAGGCGUUCUAUUCAAGAGUGCUGGUAAACCCAACCAGGUUACUCUGGUAGCUGGUGGUGGGGCCUUCAGAAACAUCAAGAUCUUCAUUGACAACAUCGAGCCCAAUCGCACCAUCUCCGAAACUGAGGGAGUGAAUGUGAUAGCUGGUACCGUCAUGGGUACAGUCGGCAGGUCUUCAAUCUGCACACCACCCAACUACAUCCACAUGUCCAUGAAGAACUCUAAACCUAACCCCCUGGCAGCCAUUCUAGACAGUGUCCUGGAUGACGAUCCUUCAGCUUCUGAUGAAGCUGCUAAGGAGGGCUAUGUGGACCCUAGUAACUACCUUGCCAAGAGGCCCCUGACGCUACCAAUAUGGACUCAAGUCUGUAAUGAUUUUAAGCUGGUGUGGCUGGGAAAGACAGUGUUGGAAGGUUCUUUGUUUGGACGCGGUAAUAAGACUGGAGAGACAAAUGACACCAGCCCAAAGCGCCAACCUCCCCCUGACACAACCACCGAUAGACCUGACCCUAGCAAGAGACCACCACAGCGAACAUCUUCACUUGAUCAAGCAAUAUCACCAGGCAACAGACAGCAGACCCAGGAAACACUUGGCCUUCCAGAGCCAAAAAUAGGCUCAGGCUCUCCUUUCAAGAACUUCUCUCUGAGGAACUUGAAGAUUAGCUCCAUUCUGGCAUUUGCCCGUACGAUUGGACUGGAGAAAACAGCAGAUGACUUACUGACAGUUGUCAAGACCAUUGUUAAACUAGUGAGUGACAAGCCGUGCGUUCUACCGGAGUCUUUGUCCAAUGAUAUGUUGAGGAUUGAGCUCCAGCAACGCGGUCUCAGUUCACAGGGAGAGAGAAAGACUCUACUCCAGCGAUACAAACAACCCGAAGAUCGCUGCCCCCUGCUACAAGUCUCCCUACCCAAGAAUGUCUACUGUAAGAUAGAUGAAAGCUGCCUGGGCGUGGAGUGCUGUAUGAACGUCAAACUCUUCAUGGUGUCUCUGGCCUUCAAGGCAUUCAUGCGCUUUGAUCCUUGCGAGUUCCAGUUUGUACUCGGGGUCAACUCUUGGAACUACACCAUUCAGAUCCUGGAUGCCGAAUUUAACAAAGAAUGGGACGUGCCAGUGCCCUUUGACAUUCCAUUUUUUGAUGAUAUGGAGCUGCAUCUUAGGUACGUCAUUGAGAAGAACCCGACUCAGCUACUGGUUAGCAUGUCUGUUGGUUUCUGCCCAACGACUAGUGAUGCAGAUUGUUUGCAAUUCAUCAAGGUGUUGAAGGAAUCUGCUAUUCCUUUACCUAUCUGUCAUCCCAAUGGAACCAUCACAUGGCCAAACAUUGACCUGGAGGAGUAUUUCUCUCGCGCUGCCUUGAAGAAUCUACUCAAGGAGACGGGUGAGGAGCUACUGAAGGUAGCCACUGAGGAGGCAUUGAAGUAUGUCCUGGAAACGCUGGGCAUACCCAAGGAAUUAUUGGAUGGUAAAGAGCCAUGCCCAACGCCAUCCAGUUUGAGUAAGGUGCAGCUGAUAGCCACACUGGAGGAGAGGCAACUUGCAACCACAGGAACGAGGAUGGAGAUGGAAGACAGGCUGUCGCAGGAUGAUAGAACGUGUCGGUUCUUCACGUUGCCGGAGUUCCCCUCAGAGCUGGCAAAAGUGGCCUACUGCUCCCUGACUGAGAACUGCCUCCGUCUGGACUGCUGUCUGCAACUCGACCUUAAGCAUGAGGACUGGCAAUUCCGCCGCUCCUUCAAAGCCUUUGUGGAGGUAGAUGCCUGUGAUUUCACAUUCUACUUUGCCUUUCAGCACUUGCAGUACAAGAAGUUGCUGCUGAGCUAUGAAUGGGGAAAACCAGAGCAGCAAACCAUUGGUCCCAUCGCCCUGAAAUACUCCAUCAACAAACUGGAUGCUGAGAAGAUGUUUGAGAUUGACUUUGGAGCAUCUAUUUGUAAGAGCGCCGAUGAUUGCGUCUUUGAUGUGGACAUCAUCCAGGACUACCGAGUUCCCAUUCCAAUCUGCAAUUCCAACUUCUCAUUCGCCCUUCCAGGAGGGAAUAACUUGACUGAGUUUAUAAAUCAAGUUGGCCGGAGUGCUGGGCAGCAAGCUGUCAAUAUUCUCCUGGAGUUCAUCGGGCUUAGAGAUAAGAUUAAUGAUGGACCAUGUGACACGACAGCACUGAUAAGACCUCAUGAAGAAGUAUGCACCGAUGUGAGCCUACCACCACUACCCAGUGGAGUGACUUGUGCGUUUUCAGACCGCUGCCUUGGCAUACGAUGCUGCACUGAACUGGAUCUAGAAAUCACUGUAUUAUCAGUCAACAUGUGGCUGAUUCUAGACCCCUGUGAGUUCACGCUGUCCAUGGGAUUGGGAAAGUGGUCCUUGACAUUCACCAUAUUUGACUACCAUUGGGGUACCCAGGAAGAGCUGAAGAUUGGCAAAGCCUUGACUCUUAUCUACACCAUUGACAAGCUGACCGAGGACAAGGUGUUUGUAUUGGACCUAGCACUGUCCCUGUGCCUCCCAGACUCAGACUGUAACACGCCCUCUAUUGAUAUUCUCAAGAAAACUCGAGUGCCAAUACCACUCUGCAAUGAGAAUUUCACGUUCGCACUUCCAGGGGAUGGGACUAUUAAAGGCUUCUUGCAGAUGCUUGGGCAGAACGCUGCUGAAUCAGCAAUUAAUGCUAUUCUUAAACAUCUAGGGCUAUCUGAAUUCAUCAGUCGCACGCCAUGUGUCCGUCCACAAGUCAGGGAAAAUGGUUGGCACAGAAUUUGCCCCAGGGAUGUCAGACUUCCCCACCUUCCAAGAAACCUGAUCUGCACCCUCCCAGAGAAGUGUCUAGGGUUCGAUUGCUGUCUGGAGCUUCCCAUCCCAGGGAUCAGUCCCAUCAGCACCCAGGUCUCCUUCAUCUUUGAUCCUUGUAACUAUCAGCUGUCAGUCAGUCUAGGCAGCUGGAGUCUGGAUCUGCAAAUCUUGUCCUAUCAGUGGGGUCAGCAGGAAGAGGUUGACAUUGGCAAGGCAGUAAUUAUAAGUCUGACCAUUGACAAGUUAGAUGCAGAGGAAUCCUUCCAGAUCAACUUGGACAUCUCCAUCUGCAUCGACAGUGACUGUACAACCACACCAGUCCUUCAGGAUUCCCUGGUCCCUAUCCCAUUCUGUAAUCUCAAUGCUUCCUUUGAGCUGCCUGGGGAUGGCAGCUUUGCAGGUCUUGUCAGGAAUCUAUCAGGGAACGUAGGGGAGUUGGCCAUUCAGGCUGGACUGCGAAAACUUGGAAUCCAGCAAUAUGUUAGCAACCAGCAAUGUGACAUGGAGAUACUUGCACCAAGUGAAAACAAAUGUCCGCUGUUAAGGCUGCCACCUCCAUCCAGCCUGUUGACCUGUAUAGUGGAUGACCGUUGCUUGGGCCUGACAUGCUGUGCCUCUCUUGACCUGGUCUUCACUCAGCUGUCCACCACCGCUUACGCCCGCCUAGACCCCUGUGAAUUCCAGCUGUCUGUCGGGCUAGGGUCCUGGUCCAAGAAUCUGACGCUCUUUGAAUACGACUGGGGAGUGGAUAAAGUGCUGGAUAUCAGUGACUCUGUGCACAUAGAAUAUAAUGUUGACAAGCUCAGUGAACAGAAGGAGUUCCUGAUUGACCUGUCAGUAACCCUGUGCAUAGACGGCACCUGUCGACCCAUCCACCUGCUGCAGGCAGCUCAUGUACCCAUACCAAUCUGCAACCCCAAUGCCACCUUCACCCUGCCUGGGGAUGGUACCAUAUCUAGCUACCUGGAUAGCUUGGCGGGCCAUGUCACUGAUGCAGCUGUAGACUUGGUACUGGACUAUUUGGGUCUGAAGAACUUCCUGUCCAGAGAUACCUGUUCUCUUCCUCCAGCACUCCCGGUUGGUAGUGACAGUUGUCCUGUGCAGGUUCCUGACAGCCUUCCCAGUUUGUCCUGUCACAUCAGCAGUCGUUGCACGAGUCUCCACUGCUGUCUGAAUCUAGACUUGAAGGUGACCCAGAUCAGCUCCAAGGCCUGGUUUAUCAUUGACCCCUGUGACUAUACGCUGUCUGUUGGGCUAGAGUCGUGGUUCUUCAAUGUCUCACUGUUUUCUUACGAGUGGGGAAUGAUAGAAAGUUUCAUGAUUGGAGAUGCACUGAGCAUCAGGUUUUCCAUUGACAAACUUGAUGCCACCAAGGAGUAUGAAGUGGAUCUGGCCUUCUCUCUCCUCAUCGAUGGCAUCGCUACAGACUUCCCUAUUAUGGCAGACCAGAGAAUCCCAAUACCUCUGUGUAAUGCUAACUUCUCCCUGGCCUUGCCUGGGGAUGGCUCGGUCAAAGGUUUCCUGAAGGAGCUGGGAGACAAUGUGGGACAGGCAGCUAUCCAGCUGGUACUGACAAAACUCAACCUACAGGAUACGAUCAUUGGAACGACAUGCCAGUUGCCUUCAGAGAUGAUGACAGGCCCCCACUGCCCGAUGAUCUCUCUACCCUUUCUGGAGAAUGUCAUCCAAUGCUCCAUUGAUGAUCGCUGCCUCGGCAUCCAGUGCUGCAUCCAUCUUGACUUUGUCAUCACUGAACUCAUGCUGAGUGCAAGGAUUCAAGUCGACCCUUGCAACUUCCAGCUGUACGUGGCCUUUGAGAACUGGGAAAUGAACAUCACUCUCUUCAGCUACACCUGGGGAAAGGUGGAAACUGUGAACAUUGGAAACGCUGUAAUGUUGAGCUAUUCAAUUGAGAAGCUGACAGCCAAGAAAGUCUUCUCUGUGACUUUGGGUCUCACGCUGUGCAUUGAUGACACCUGCACCAUGAACCCAAUACUUGACCACGUCUGGGUUCCUAUACCCCUGUGUAACACUAACGCUACAUCUUUCACCUUGCCUGGUGAUGGUACAGUGGAGGGAUUCAUACGAGAGCUAGGCGGUCGCAUCGGAAACUCUGCCAUUGACCUGGUGCUGGAGAAGUUUGGCCUGAGUCAUUAUCUGCAGAGUGUACCUUGUGACAGGGGAACACCAGGCACCUUGAGGAGUGGCUGUCCAGCCGUUGAUGUCACCCAGCUGCCUGACUUCCUGUCUUGCACUGUCACUGACUCGUGCCUGGGCAUCAGAUGCUGUCUGGAGAUGGACUUGAAGAUAACGACUCGCAGCGUCAGUGCCUGGGUCAUCCUGGAUCCCUGCAACUUCACCCUGUCUGUGGGCUUUGAGAAGUGGGAACGUAGUGUCACCUUGUUCCACUACCCACUGGGAGAUGUCAUGGAGGAAGUUGUGAAUAGCGUCCUGAGAGUAAGAUGGAGAGUGGCUAAGAUCACCGAAGACAAGCAGUUUGAGAUAGACUUGUCCCUAGUCCUCUGUCUAGAUGGAGCAUGUGACACCUUGACGGUGUUUGCUGGCAGUCGUCUGCCCAUACCGCUGUGUAACACCCGAGAUACAUUCACUCUGCCUGGUGAUGGCUCAGUGUCAGGCUUUUUGAGUUACCUUGGUGGUAAUGUUGGUCAGUUUGCCAUAGAUGCAGCCCUGGGUCAUCUUAAUCUGACUGGCUUCCUGACAGGAAAUGCAUGCAGCUAUGACACACAGGAUGUCUGUGCCAGCUCCACUAGUAUCCUAGGCAACUGCACUGUGAUUGGUGAGACCUGCACAGAGCUCCGAUGCUGCCUGGACCUGGACCUGAAGAUAGCUGAUGUCUCAGCCACGGCGUGGUUCAAGUUUGAUCCCUGUGACUUCACCUUCUCAUUGGGUCUGGAGAAGUGGUCCUUCCAUGGCUCUGUCUUUAGCUAUCAGUGGGGUAAGAGCAGGCUGUGUCUUUGGUGA